GCCAGCUACAGGCCCAUCACGCUGCUGAACACCGACUACAAGCUGGCAACGCGGGCGAUCGCCAGCCGCAUCGGCCCGCUGCUCAGCCAGGUUGCGGACGCCACCCAGACAGGCUUCCUCCCCAAGCGCUGGAUUGGGGACAACGUGCUA